AUGGAACUUCAAAACAGUGUAUGUUUGCUGUUGAAUUUGAUUGUCUUCACAAGUGCAAGAGAGCCCUCGAGCCCGAUAUGCUCGAGAUAUGACUAUGAAGAGCGUUUACUUGAGCGAGUCCUUAGAAACGAACUGGCUCUUGAAACCACUCUGAAUGAUAUACUGAAAACGAACGCCAAAGUUGUGGAUGCGUUAAAACAAUUAGAAGAUGGGAAAGCAAAAGUGGAUUCUACGUUGGCAGUUAUGGAAAAGAAACAAAUCGAAAUAGAAUCUACACUAAGUGAUUUUGUUAACAAUGCCUCUCACACUAUAAACGCGACAUUGGCUUCAAAUGUGGGCGCAAUGGUUAAAGCUGCUUCAGAUAUCAAAGACAAUGCAACUGUGACGUUACAGCGACUCGUUAACCAAGUCAACAUCCUUAAAGAUCAGUUAAAAGUCCCAACAAUUUACUUUCGUGCGCGCAUUACAGCCAGCUUCACAGACCUAUCAGGUGGCCAAGAUGUUGUCUUCCCGACAGUUGAGGUAAAUGAAGGUCAGGGUUAUGAUCCUUCAACAGGAAAGUUCACAGCCUCGAUCCCUGGAAUGUAUCUGUUCACCGUCCAGUAUUGUGUGAAUUACAACAACUAUGUUAGGCUUGAACUCGUGCAUGGAGGCAAGACAUUACAGAGGUCGACUCACUAUGAUGCACCCGGUGCUUAUCCAUGUGUGACUAUGCAGGCUUCAGCAUUGGUUGCCAUGAGAGACAUGGUCUGGGUGCGCACCACGGAUUCGAGCAAGUUGUAUGCAGAUUCAUUCAGAUAUAAUUCAUUUGCUGGCACAUUGAUCCAUGUAUAACCACACUAUCAAGUAUGUAACAUACUACACUUCGUAAAGAAGGAGACACCAAUCUUCUAAUAAAAGUUGUCUAUGUUCAGACUCUUUGGAACUUCAUUAUUUGACAAAAAAUGAAAAUAAGUAUGCAAUUAUAUAAUCAUAAUGCAUGUUUCAUAUAUUUUUAUUUUCGUUGGCUUUAUAUCGUUGUACUGUUAACAAUAGCAUUUGGUUAUCGGUAUGCCUCGCCUGGUGGUUUCUUCAAUACAUAAUACAUAACUUGUUAAUAACCAACAAUUAACAACGAAAUAUCAAAUGAGCACUUACUCAAAAGUAAAUUCCUUCUGUUUUAUGUUAAAAAAAAUACUUUUAUUAAGAAAUAGGAAAUGUACCUAUAUAUGUACACUUUUAAUGUAUUUCAUUAUAUGACAGUUGAUCAGUUAGUAUUGUGUAUGGCAGUAAAGCGGACUUACGUAUGUAUAUGCUUUUAUUGAAAUGUCAAUAUCUAUCUGAGAAGCAUGGU